AACACGCAACGCAACGACGCCCCUCGCACAAAAACGGGGUGCCAACGGGAAAAAAAAAUAGGGGAAAGAAAACAAAAAGAACGCCGGGAAUGGGCAAGCAGCAGCAGGCGCCACCGUCGCGGCGGCCCCCGGCGAUGUCGGCGCCUCCGCCGCCGCGGCGCCGGAAGAAGAAGGGCCGCCCGUCCCUCCUCGACCUCCAGAAGCGCAGCCUCCGCCUCGAGCAGCAGCUGCAGGAGCAGAAGCAGCAGCCCCAGGCGCGCCGCUCCACCAGCCGGAACCCCGACGACGAGGACGACGACGACGGGCCCGCGUCCGGCUCCGGCCGCCGCGAGAAGAAGCUCCGCCUCGUCAUGGGCCUCCACGACGGAUCGGCCAAGGGACAAAAGACGAGGAAAGCGACGGAUGGGCGUGAAGAGCCGUCAGAUUCCGGGCCCACAACACCUUUGCCGAACAAAAAGUUGUUGCUCUUCAUCCUUGAUAGGCUACAGAAGAAGGACACUUAUGGUGUAUUCUCAGAGCCUGUUGAUCCCGAAGAGCUGCCUGACUAUCAUGAUAUUAUCAAGCAUCCAAUGGAUUUUUCGACAAUAAGGAAGAAGCUUGAUAAGGGGGCCUAUUCCAACUUGGAGCAAUUUGAGGAUGAUGUGUUCUUGAUAAGCUCAAAUGCGAUGUGCUACAAUUCACCAGAUACAAUAUACUAUCGACAGGCACGAGGCAUUCAGGAGAUUGCUAAAAAGGAUUUUGAGAAUCUUAGGCAAGAUAGUGAUGCCAGUGAGCCAGAACCUGAACCGGAACCAGAACCGGAGCCAGAGCCAGAACCAGAAGAACCAAAGCCACAGCCUCGUAGGGGCAGGCCUCCAAACAAGAACAAUGCCAGACAGAAAGUUGGGAGGCCACCAGCAGAACGUGCUACUGCAGACUUUUCCGGUGCAACACUUGCCAAUGCUGCAAAUAGUGGACGUCAUGCACAGCCAGAUCUUGAUCUGUCACGAAGAGCAAUGGAUAAAGCAAUGAUUGCAGAUGUGCUGAGAGCUUCUUUUGCGAAUCGAAGAAAUGAGCACAACUGGUCUGGCGAGCGGAAAUCAGAAAGAAUUGAAGAUUACUCAGGUUACGGGAGUAUGUGGUCCGCAAAAAUGGGGAAGAAGCCAAUUCUGAUGGAAGAUAGUCGUCGAAGCACAUACUAUGAGGCUCAACCAUCCAGUUCAAUAUAUGAGUUGCCGGUAUCAUCAUCCUAUAAUGGGACGAAGAAGCUGCUAGUACCAGUUGGGGUUCAGUUGCAGCAGUCCUAUUCCCGCAGCCUGGCUCGUUUUGCUGCACAACUUGGUCCUAUUGGCUGGGAAAUUGCAUCAAGACGAAUUGAACGAAGUCUUCCUCCUGAAACAAAAUUUGGUCCUGGCUGGGUAGGGGAUGGUGAAGCACCAAGCUCAUUUCAGCCACCAGCACUAGCUGCUUUUUCAGAAACAAUGGCACCACCAAGCAAUGUAGCAGCAUCAGGUGACCAGCCACCUAAUAACAGUGGCCCUGCCGCUGAGGAUUGUGCUGCCAGCUCAAGCCAUUUGGCAGUAUCUCAGCCACAUGCUAUGCCAUAUCCUUCUACCAGUACCGUGCAGAGGACUGAUUCUGGAGCAUUAGCAAGCCAGCAACGGGGAUCAAUACCACAUAUUCCAAUAAAUAGAGGUGAACAUGAUGCUGAAAUGAAGGGAGGCCAUAAUAAUCUUCACGGACACCCAGCCAUGCAGCAACCUGUAAAUGGUUUCAAUGCUGUUCCAGGACCAGUGAUGUUUCCACCUGCGGCACAACUGGUGGUGAAUCAGAUGCAGACACAUACGGCUGAUUGAGUAACGAGUAGAGGCCAUCGAAUCAGCAUUGUCGACAUGACAUUUGGAUUGUGCCCACUUCCGGUCAUGGCCGUGACGGCACCAAGCGACGAGGGCCUUAGCCGCACCCACCAACCUCAACAUUGGGGUUUUCUGGUAGCUGCUGAUCAGCCGCACCGCGACCUGGUUCGGCUGCAAUUGUGAGCCUGCUGUGUAAUCGCAUAGUAACUUAGGGUGAUAGCGUGCAUAGAUGUGUUGGGUGGAUUUGUUGGUAGAGCGGGUUUGGUUGUAACCGCGCGGUUGAGUUGCAGUUGGAGAUUUAGCGAUUCUGAUGUGCAGUAGAAAACCACAGGGGAAGCGAGACAUCUGUAUAGAUUAUUCAGGAGCUUCUAGCGUUAUGGUAACUGAUGUGGCCGAGCAUGAAAUCGUGCGCCGUAGGUUGUUCAUCGUA